UGGUGCUGAAGCUGCGCGUGCUACCAUAGAUAUUCACUCGAGCAUCCCUCCGCGAGACGACCAGAACGAGGAAUCAGGUAGCGACGGAUGGGAAAAUUGAGUUUGUUUCUGCCAGCUGUUUCAGCCUCAUUCAACGAAAUAUAAGCUUAAAUAUUUUCGACAUUUAUUUUUGCUUAAAUUCUUUAAACACACACUAACACCGCGGUAUUUGACGCUGUUUUCUGCAUCCUUUAUGCACAGCACGCUGCUCGGGUCUUCCCCAAUAAAACACACCUUAGUGUCCGAGCACCAUGGCCCGCUCCCGGCACUCUCACUGAGAGAGAUGGAAGCCAAGCAGCACCAGAUAAAAAGCCUUAAAAGCUACCCGGAAACCGGUGGCCGGAGCCUGGCCGCGGCCGCCGGAGCAGACGGGUGUCGAGCCGCUGAAAUGGACAUGGAGGCGAAGAUCCAGAAAGCCAUCGACUUCAAGGCAGAGGGUCACCGCUGCUACAAGGAGAAGAAAUUCCGGGAAGCGAUCGGCAAGUACCACCGGGCGCUGCUGCAGCUCAAAGGGGUGCAUUUGGUGGACGGGACCACGGGCUCCGAGGUCAACCUGCUGAACCAAGCCGCCGGCAAGCUGACCGAGGAUCAGCGGAGAGCCGUGCAGACUACCGAGAUCGAGUGCUACGACAACCUGACAGCGUGUCUGUUGCAAUCAGAGCUGGUGAACUACGAGCGGGUGAAGGAGUACUGCCUGAAGGUGCUGAGCCACCAGAGGGAUCACUUCAAGGCCAUGUACCGAGCCGGCAUCGCCUUCUAUCACCUGGGUGACUACGAGUGUGCCCUACGCUACCUGCGUGACGCCAAGAACCGCGAACCCUCAGACACCAACGUGCUGCGGUACAUCCAGCUCACAGAGAUGAAGAUGAGCAAGUGCAGUCAGCGAGAGCGAGAGAGCGGCAAAGAGACCCAGGGCUAACCCUCGACCUUUCGACCCCCUGACCCCAUCGACCUUUGACCCCGCAGCGACCCUCCCUCUGUCCUCGAUCGACUCCUGGCAGCAGCACAGCCCACAGACAGAAGAGACGGACCCAAACACCCGCCAGCGAUGGAUACAAACGGGAGACAUAUCAAGCUCUGUCUGCAACCCGACCUCCUUCUCCUUCUCUCCCCUCUUCUUCUCCCCCUUUUUCUCCCUCAGGUGCUGUGGCUCCUCUCCGUAGACAGUCGAUCAAACAUAAAAACAAAACAAAAAAUGCUGUAUUAUACUCAUAGGAAAAAAGAGCUUCAAAACAUAGAUAUUAAUAAUUGACAUUUGCGUGAUUUAGUAAAUGUUUAAAAGACAUGAGAUGCAUUUUGUUUCCGCUCUCUGACUUCUCUCUCUCUCUUUGUCUUAUUUCAAACUCUUGAGGAGAAUAAUGGGGAUUGUGAAGCUCGACCACACCAGAAGGAGAGCAUGAGUGUGUGUGAACAUGAGCAGGGGAUAGUGAGGGGUGUGUGACACAUAUCAAGACCUUACCCCAAUUUGAUUGUACAUCCUCCCCCAGCAGGGCUCCCUGGGGCCCCUUAACGCAGACUGUGGGACUAGCUCGGGAAGUCUUUCAUCAAGUAGAGAAAACGUCUGCCUCUCUGCUUAAUCUAUCGCUCUACUGGCUCUCUUUGCUUUCCUGGAUGCCGUGUAUCUCACUUUAUGGACCGUUUUCUUUUUCAAUUCAAGGGCUAAAUCAAGUGUUUGAAAUGUUUAUUUUGCUUUUGGUGUUCAUCAAACUCAGUAGAAUUGAAUCUGUGUCUCAGCGUUUCGCUAAACUGGUGUGUUUUGAGUCUCGUGUCCAAAGCCCCUCCUUGGUCGUGGGUCGUUGUUAGGACUG